AUGGAAAAUCUCAAUGAACUUGUGUAAGUUUUCAUAGUCUGGCGUAAAUCAUUUUGAAAAAGUUCAAUUUUUAGGGAUCAGUCUGAAGCCGUUAUAGCCCAGCAACUUCAUGAGCGGUUCAAAGUGAAUCAGAAUUAUGUAAGUUCAAUUUAACAGUCCUUUUUGACAGAUGUUAUUUUUUAGACCAAAGCAAGCAAUGUUCUAGUUUCCUUGAAUAACUUCAAAAAAGUUUCCGAAGCUGAAGAAAAGUUGGCUCUUAAAGAAAAUCAAAAUCUUUCUAAGAAAAGUCACAUUUUCGGAGUUGCUAGAGAUGCGUUGGCAAAGGUAUCCGGCAUUUCCUCGAACGCUGAAUCGAUUGUGUUCGGGUAUUUUAAUAGAAACAGUACCUGAACUUUAAUUUAUAUAUUUUCCAGCGGAGAGUCCGGAUCGGGGAAGUCCCACAAUGCCUACGAAGUGCUCAAGUACUUGACAUUGCAGUCAAAUUCAAAGAUUUCACCGUAUCACGCAACUGCAAUUCAAUCGGUUUUCCAAAGUUUCGGUUGUGCAAAAACACUGAAAAACGAUGAAGCAACCAGAUUUGGAUGCUGCAUUGAUCUGUUGUACAAACGGUAUUUGACUAUUUCUGAACUCACUUUUCAUAGAAAUAACGUAUUCAGGAGUGUUUUGGCAGGACUCAACUUAAAGUAUACCGUUCCGCUGGAAGCGCCGAGAGUGAUUCUGCAGAAGCCUGGAGAGCGAAACUUUAACGUUUUCUACGAAAUCUAUCACGGGUUGAGAGAAGAAAUGAAGUCAAAGUUCGGAAUCAAGGGACUUCAAAAGUUUUUCUACAUAAAUCAGGUCAGCAUUAAAUCAUUUGAAAAAAUGAAAAUUAAACAUUGUUUUCUUUCAGGGAAACUCUGCAGACAACAUUCAACUUGACGUCAACCAUUUCCACGAUUUGGAAGACGCCCUCACUGUGCUCGGCUUUUCAGAAGACCACCGAGUGAGCGUUUACAAACUCAUUUCAACCAUCUUGCACAUUGGAAACAUUUACUUCCGCACGAAACGUAAUCCAAAUGUGGAGCAUGAGCUGGUGGAAAUUGGGAACAUUUCCGAAAUCAAAUGGAUUGCAUUCCUUCUGGAAGUAGACUUUGAAAAGUUGGUUAAUUUUUUGCUUCCAAAAUUGGAAGAUGGAACCACAAUCACUUUGAAUGCGGCAUUGGAUAAUAGGUCAGUUUCUUUUUUUAGUUAUAUUCUUUAAGCACUCUUUUUUCAGAGAUUCCUUUGCAAUGAUGUUGUACGAGGAACUGUUCAAAUGGAUCCUAAACAGAAUCAGCCUUCAUUUCAAAUGUCCUGUCCACACCGGAGUCAUUUCAAUCAUUGACCAUUAUGGAUUCGAAAAGUACAACAACAACGGAGUCGAAGAAUUCCUUAUCAACAGCGUCAACGAAAGAAUUGAGAACCUUUUCGUGAAACAUUGUUUCCAUGAUCAAUUGAUUGAUUACGCAAAAGACGGAAUUUCGGUUGAUUAUAAGGUUCCGACCAACAUCGAGAACGGAAAAGUUGUGGAGCUUCUGUUCAAGAAACCGUACGGUCUACUUCCUCUUCUCACUGACGAGUGCAAGUUUCCAAAAGGAACUCACGAGACGUACCUCGAGCACUGCAACUUGAAUCAUUCCGACCGCAGCUCUUAUGGAAAAGUAUUGAAUUCUCUGCAAAAAUAGAACACAACAAAACAUGUUUGCAGGCGAGAAAUAAGGAACGACUAGAGUUUGGAGUUCGUCAUUGUAUUGGAACAACUUGGUACAAUGUGAACGAUUUUUUCACCCGAAAUAAACGAGUGAUUUCUGCGUCGGCGGUACAACUACUACGUGGAAGCAAGAAUCCAGUAAGUUUAAAAAUGCAGCGUCUCUAUAAAAAAUACGAUUACAGGUAAUCGGGUUGUUGUUUGAAAGCUACGGUGCUCCUGCAAAUGAUAGCAUUGUUUCACAAGCUCAGUUGAUUCUGCGAGGGACCCAAGAGAUUGCCGACAAGAUCAAUGGGUUUGAAAACUGGCCCCCGCAACACUCGAUUUCAAAAUGUGUUUUUAGAUCUCACGUUCAUUUCGUGCGUUGCAUCAAAAGUAACAACGAACGACAACCGGGCAAGUUCGAUAUUCCGAUGGUGAACCGGCAGAUUAAAUGUCUUCUUUUAUCUGAACUUCUCUCGUUUCGUACUAAAGGAUAUCCGGUCAAAAUGUCCAAAACAGCUUUUGCCCGACAGUAAGAACGUACCAUUAAAAAACAAAAUUCAAAGCGAUCAUUUCAGAUACCGUUGUCUUCUACCCGGAGAUAUUGCCCAGUGCCAAAACGAGAAAGAGAUCAUUCAAGAUAUUCUACAGGGGCAAGGUGUCAAGUUCGAGAAUGACUUCAAAAUCGGAACGGAAUAUGUGUUUCUGCGCGAACGUCUUGCCGAUCGAUAUGAAAGCCAACAAUAUCAAAUCUGUCGGAAUGCUGCAAUUGUGAUUCAAAAGAACAUGAAGACGUUUGUGGCACAGAAAGUUUACAAAAGGAAGAGAACUGCUAUUGUGAAGCUGCAAGCAGGGCUCAGAGGGUGGAAAGCUAGGAGAGAUUACAUAGCUCAGAGAGAAGAAAUGUUCAAAGCGAUCGGAAGAACUACCAAAAGAAACCGCAGACUUGACGCCUAUCACCAGGCUCUGGGUGGUGAGAAUCCGGAACAACUUCAAUCGACACUUGUUGGAUACAUUGACAUUAACGAAGAAGCCAAAAAGUGUUUGGAGAGACCGCCGUCGGAUACAACGUCUACCCACACAGUCGUCCAUUAUUUGACUAUUCCCAUCAAAAACUUCCUACCAAACUUGAAAAGUGUUUCGAUUGAGGAAUACGCAGAGGAGAACUUCAAAGUAUGUCUUUGUUACAAAAACAACUGAACUAGUAAACUAGUGAACGUUUUUCAGGGUCAUCUGCUUGAACCUCGCCGCGAACCAAUUAUGACACCCUUCUUGCACAAGGAAUCCGACUUUGACUUCCAUUUGUCUGUUGAGAUUUUCAAACUCAUCCUCAAAUACUUGAAUGAUUUGAAAUUAACCAAAAGUCAACGGAAUGAUUUGGGCAGGUAUAUUGUACAACAGGUAACGUUUUGAAAAUGAGCGUCUUCUAUUAUCCUCUUUAUUGUCAGGGAAUUUCGAACCCUUGCCAACGCGACGAAAUCCUUGUCCAAAUCGUCAAUCAGAUUCAUCACAAUCCAGAUAAAAAGGCUGUCGAGGAUGGUUGGAAGCUCAUCCAUAUGGCCAUUUCCGUAUUUCCGCCAACCGAAAACCUCAUUCCAAUGCUUAUUGGUUUCUUCAAUAAAGAGCCCAAUCUCAAGAGGGAAUAUGUUUUUGCAACUCUGCAAAGACGCUUGAAGAUUUAUGAUAGCGAAGUUUGUUUUCUUGAACAUCCAGACAAAACUAAUGAGGAAAAUGUUAUAGAUUGCGAGAGAACUUCCGCCUUCUAACUUGGAGCUUCUAACUUACCCAAACAUUCCUAACACAGUUGCUGAGGUCAAUUGCUACGAUGGUCUGUCAUGCGAUGUUCAUCUGAAUCCUUGGAUAACCACAAGUGAAGUUGCGGAACGAGUUUUGAAACAACGGUAGUUAUAUUUUUGUCAUUUUAAAUUACACCUACAAGUUAUAGAGGAGUUGGAAUUGCAAUGGGAUGGACUGUGGAAGUAGAGACUCCGAACAGAGUCUUCGUGCCGACGGGCAAUCAUUUUCUUAAUGAUGUAUUUUCUCAAAUUGAUGGAGCUAAUGUUGAAUCUGGAACGGAGCAAAAGUAGGAAUAAAAAAAGCAGGGAUCGAUAAAAUCUGCUCAUCACCAAUUUCAGAAAUAUUUUCUUCAACUUUCCGCCGGAGAAACUUAUGAAAGCAAAACCGGAAGAGCCGAAAAAGGAGCUCAGAAAAAGUGAACUGCAAGAUGCUGUACCAACUCCAAAACUUCCACGAAAGUACCCAACUCCAGAAGAAUGGUCGAAACUGCCGCCAGUACACGUGGAAGAAAGAAGUACUUCUGUUGUGUGAGAAGAGAACUGUUGUGACGUCAAUAUCAAUUUUAAUUUUCAGUAACAGUCAGAAAUUUGAAGACGAGUCCGACGAAUCGUUAGUCCGUGAAUACAACGAAGACGCUGGAUAUGCAUACACUCUGCCCAGGAAGAGCAAAUCGAAACAGCAGGAAGUUCAAAACGGUAACAGAAAAACUGAUUCUCUAAUACAGUAAUAGUUCUGCAGAAACAUCUGAAAGUGAGGAAGAGUACGAAGAUGAUCAUCGAGGUGGAUACGAAACAGUUCGACCGAAAGAGAAUUUGAACCAAAUUGAGACCAUCCAAGAUCACUCUCAUAUCUUGAAAUCACCAGUUCUUCCGCGCAAAACUUAUUCGCGGUAUGAAUCAAAGAACAAUCAAUUUGAUUCGAUUGUUUUCAAACUUCAGCAAUGAACACAACGAGGAAUACACGCCGAUGAACUUCGCUCCACCUCCGACGUUUACGUACCCGCAACAAGUGCCCAUGAUGCAGUACGUGCCUGUCAUGAUGACUUCGUCAAUGAUACCUGGUCAACAAAUUGCAAUGAUCCCACAGCAGAUGAUGAUGCAGCCCCAGUUCUCCUAUAUUCCACAGUACCCACAAAGUGAGUUGUACCCAACGUAAUUCACCCGUUUCUAAUAAUUUUUUAAAGUUCCUCAAUACCAACCACCAGAGCCGAUUCUUUCUCCUCAUAGUGUCAGAUCGGAAGUCCCUUCAAUGAUGGCGCCUGUCCUUCACGACGGACAUGAAUCGACGAGAUCACGUGACUUCCGUAGAAUGAAUAGAGGAGAGGUGCCAAGCCAGUACUCCACUAUCCGUAACAUGCCGGUUCCCGAGCAUGGAAAAGACGUUGAUCAGUUUUUGGACGCCGUUUUCGACCAAGUGUUGUCCAAAGAUGAGCAAAGAGACCUUCGUGCUCAACAACUUGCCAAUUCGAUAAAGGGAGGAAAACCAAGACCGGAAGGUUACUACGAACCUCCACGACAAACGUAUUCGCCAGCACCGCCUCGUUACCCAACCCUCAGAAGAGUGGAUGAUUCUCCAGCCAGAAGCCGUGCUAAGAGUCUUCCUCGUAUUGUCUCCCCACGACACGAUUUAUACGUGCGGCGUCCACACUCAAGAGUAAGAUUUGAUAAGCAGUACGCGUGUCCUUUCAUUAAUGUCAACUGGUUUUUUUCAGAAUUCCUACAGCAACGAGUCGACGUCUUCUGACGAUCAACUGCACGAUCGGACCAGAAGCAGGGAACGGUCCCUUCCGCGGUACCACUCGACCAAUGGUUACAAUUACGACCCGUCCCAACCGGUGUACAUGAUGCCGGUGCAGAUGAAUGGGCAUGGGGAAAUGAUACUUUUGUCGCCAGUGGGAUCGGAACAGGUGCUCAUCAGAUAAAGUACAAACCUAUUUAAAAGAUUCUGUUUCAGAGAGCAGCGGUGAGACACGGAACCCACGAUAGAUCGAGAAGACACGCAAGCGGAGUGGAGCGUUACAUGGCAAAAAGAUCACCGUCGGUUGACAUUCUGAAACCACCCAUGUCCCGGUUCGCAUCUGACGUCACUAAUCAGAUUAUCACCUAAGCUCUUAUUUCAGUAGAACGCCCGAUUUAUAUCAGGAACAACUGCACACGAGGCCACACUUGGUAAGUCCAUUGUUUACUCCCGAAAUGGCGCGCCUUCGUUGCAAUAGCAAUCAAGGAAUAAAACAACGCUUUUAUCAGACACAUUUUCAUGACGGCAUGGUUUUCCUGCAGCAUUUCUUCCCGUAUCACUUUUACUACGCCUCUCACUCUCUUUUUCUCUUUUGUGCUUUGUAUUUCGAGGACUCUGUUUACUUCCAAAUGUAACAUUCCAUCUUUUCUAUGUAAAACUUUUACGAUGGUGUCACUGCUCCGCUCAAUGCACACCUUGAACAUUGAUCUUCCAGGCAUUAUACUUUUAGAGGUUUUUUGUUAGUCCGAAAUUCUCGACGCACAAUAAACUCGAAAAUUCUUAGGUGUUGAAUAUUAGGUGGAGCUUGAGGUAUUUAUCACUCCUUUUCAUUGAUAAAACCACAUUUUUGAACCUUAGGCAGCUGAUAAGAGAAAGAAAGGCAAACGUAAAACCCAUUUUUCACGCACCGCCAUACGUAUUUUUAUCUUAAACAAAGCUUCGUACAAUGAUGUACAUUUUAAUUGCAGCCGGCAUCGAUUCUUGAGGUUUUCUGCGGUACUCAUUAUCAUUGUUUCAGGCGCAAUCACCGGUUGGUCGGCAAACGAGCCGCUUUGAAGAUUUCCCGUCACUGCCGAGAGGCGACUCGCGAUCACGUGAAAGGUAACCAGUUGAUUGUGCAAGUAUUUCAGAAAACCGUUCGUAUUUUCAGAAUGGAAAAUCCACUUUUGGCAAGACAAAUCCCAAGAAGUUACCCAUACCAAAAUGGAAAUUCAAACCCUCCGGCUAGCUACCGUUCUCCGUCUCCAGCACCAAUUGCCGCUGAGAGAAAAGUAGGAAAGGCGACAUGUAAUUCGAAAUUUAUUUUAUUUCAGGGCUUGAACCGGCUUCCUCCAGAUUCUUACGUGGAACCAGCCGUCAAAAGCACGGCUAACAAUUCCGAGUACUUGAGUCCCCAUCGGUUCAACUUGGAUGAGCAAAAAGCAAUCAUUCGCCAUGAAAAAGAAACCGCGAAAAAUGCGUUGUACAUGCUGAAUCAUCAGCUUAAGGUAUGUGUUAAUGUGGAAACUAACAUUCUUGUCUGAAACUAAUCGUUACCUAUGCCUACUAACAUCAGAAACUACCACCACCGGUCGACAACGUCCGAGUUGUUCGUCCUGCAACACCGGCCCGACCUCCAACUCCGACGCCUGUUCCGUCUGAGCCUAGUGUUGUUCGCACUCCAGUAAUCUCAACGUGUAUAGAGUUAUUCAUAUUUUGAUAUUCGUGUUCAGAGUCCGCCGGCUCAACCGACUCCACCGCCACAACCAAUUCGUCAAGAAUGGAUUAUUCGAGAUUCUGUUGAUAGAGCUCCAGAGACACAGGAACGCAUCAAGGGGGCUUUCACAAGUAUUUCAUAACAUUUUUGCACGAUUUUCAAUUGUUUUUUUUCCAGAGGAGCCCCUUUUGGCUCAACCACCACGUGCUCCGAUUGUUGCAGAGAAACCAGCAAUGAAAUACGUGAAGGCUCCGUGGAAGUUGACUAUUCGCAAGGAGGUAUCCUAUACAUUUGGGGCUUUCCAAUUCAUAAUUCUUGAAGAUGUUCUACCCAGGAGAAGUUUUGAAUGACAUUCAAGUGAUCGAUCAAGUUUUCGCUCAAAUUGUUGAAGAUUGUCGCAAAUCCUACCCGUACAGAAUUCGUUUACAAGAUCGCAAACAAGUGGAAGAUGUACUCAGUGAGUCACUCAAAUUGUUAUUCUCCAAGCGUUUCGUUUAUUCUGCAAUAGGAAACCACCAAAUACCGCCAUCCGACCUCAACAAUCAGUCCAAUAUCCAUCCUGAUGUGAAAGUUGCGAUCAUCGAGAAGGCGCGCAUGUGGCCAUUGUAUUUCAAUCAGAUUUAUGAGGUAUAGUCCACAGUUCAGUUUGUCUCAAGUUCAAAGAUGAAUCUAUUUUCGCAGGUCAUCGAGAAACGUCCUGAUGAGUCAGUCAGUAUCAUCUUUGCUAUUUCGGAACAUGGUAUUCGUCUGAUUGUUCACACCCCGCAUGACUUGGAGAAUCCGCUGAAGAUUCAAGAUUUCUUCCCGUCAGUUUUCAUCAUUCUCCAACUAGAAAUAUGAAUUUUGUUCAGAUUCGAUAUCAUCGCUGACGUCUCGCUUGAGGCCAACGACAUUCUAUCGGUUCAUGUCCGUCACGGACAAGAGGAUAGUUCUUACGCGGCAGUCCGUAUCAAGACGAACCAGGCUCCCCAAAUCAAGAAGACUUUGGAGAAAUGUCUCUCGGGUGGUGUUGUUCAGAAGAGAAAAUUUGUUCGUGCGCUUGAAGAUUAUGUGACCAGCGAGGUCAACCAUCUGUCAUUCAAGCGAGGCGACGUGAUCGAACUGGUAAAUGUUUAAACCGAGACAGAGACCAUAACUGUGAAUUGUUCAGUUGCCAGCGCCGGAAGGCGACACUCCGCCAGUGGGCAAUUGGUUGUACGGUAGAAUCGAGAAUCGAUUCGGGUUCCUUUUGGCGCAAUACGUGGACUCCACUCACGGUGAUAAUAUCCCACCAUUGAGAUUUGAGUCGAGCGUUGACAGAGUAGGCAGAAAGGGAUCAGAAACAAAAGUGGAAAGGCAUUUCAGGAUGAGCGGGUGAAGUUCUUUGAUGAUGAAGUUCCAUUCUCCAGCGAGAGGUACACUAUGCUCGACUUUGCGACCAAGUACUUCCGUAAACCGAAAGAUAAGAAGAAACGUCAGUGCUUUUUUCGUAAAUGUCUCCGGACUAAACUGUAGUUUUUUUUCAGAAGAGGAUUGGACAUGGGAAGACAUUGCUCACGCAGUCAAAUGGUCCGAUCGUGUUAUUUCUCAGUCUCUCUUGAAAGACUUGGAAACCGAGGAAAACAAACAUGCAGUCGAGACUUUCCACGGUACUAGCAAUGUCGAUUAACAAAUUUGUAAAGAAACAAUCACUUACAGCUAUCAUGAAGUUUAUGGGAGAUGAAGCGUUGAAGAAAUCCGAGUCUAUGACUGACGUUGUAUUCAAGAUUCUGAUCAUCUGCCAUCGUCACCCAUCUGUGAGAGACGAAGUUUACUGCCAACUCAUCAAACAAACAACUUCCAACAUUUCUACAAAGUGAAGUGGUCCCAAAUGUCCUCUAUCUAAUCUUGACACAAUUUCAGACCAAACAGCGCUCUUCGUGGCUGGAGACUUCUUUCCAUUCUCACCGGAUACUUCCCUACCAGCCUCACCCUGAAACCGUACAUUCUUCAAUAUUUGGGAGACAACGCUGAUGAUUGGCAGAGACCGUAUCACGGUGAGUCAAGAUCACAAGUCGUCCGGUUGUAUUCAAGUAAAUAUUUUUGUAGGAACAGCAAGAAUUUGCCAAACAAAUAUGAUUCAAACUUUCAAGUACGGCGGUCGCAAAGUUUUGCUGAAUGCUCUUGAAGUACAACAAAUUACUGUAUGAAGAUGUGAUCGGCUAUGUGCAAAGUUUUACUUUUUUCAGGAUGGGUCUCAGCUCCGACGUCAGGCAUUCUAUUUGGCCCGUGAUCAUAGUGUCCUCCAGACGCUCCGUCCGAUUACUGUAGCUGAGGAAAUGAUUCAGGAACUGUGCAGCCUUCUGAAUGUGAGAUCUCUUCACGAGCAACAGGAGUUCUCUUUGUGCUACACAAUCGGAAAAGGUUUGAAGAUUCGAAUAUUUUCUCUGUAGUGCAAUGUUUAUUUCAGAAAAGAAACUAAACUACUGCAAAAACGAUAACUACUUAAUGGAUAUCAUUACCGAGAUAGAACACAAAAAACUUCCCUUCCAGUUCUAUCUUAAGCGAACAGUUUGGGUACACCCGUUGAGAUAUGAUAACGCCGCAUACAUUGAUUCGAUGUUUGACCAAGUCAGAAACGAACGAACUGUUCAAUUCAUACAAGAAUGUAUCCGUUUUAGGUGAUCGACGAUUAUCUGCGCGGAUCUCUCAUCUCGACCAACCCGUUGGGUCAAUUGACCGCUGCCACAACAGAGGAGAUUAUCAAAUUAGCUGCCUACUUAUACCUUCUACUUCCCGAGCAUGCAAAGGGAGUCACUGUGUAAGGAAAUAUGAUCGUUCUAAAUGAUCAUUAGCAAAGCAAAAGUGUACAAACGGUAAUCACACGGAACCAAAGUAGACUGAUUCUUUUGCACGAGCUUUCACUCGCUAAACAUCUAACCUGUUGCAAGGUCAUAUUGACAAGAAGAUGAAUUACAGCAAAACACUUCCGCAAAUUGUACCAAAGAGUGUCAUCGAACCAAAACACAGACACCAGGAGGAGAUGGUGACAAGAAUAAAUCGUCAACUUCGGGCGUUCGGCAGCCGGAUGCGACCGGCAGAGGCCAAGUCCCACUUCCUAGGUAUUCCCCAAAUUUGAAAGUACAAAACAACAAAAGUUGAUUCUCAGAACUGUUGUCGACCUGGCCGUUGUUUGGAGUGCUGAACUACCGGCUCAAGUCGGUGGUGGAGAACGGCAACCAACUGCCGGAGGUGAUCCUGUCCAUCAACAAAUCGGGAAUUCAACUUUUGCAACCAAAGUCGAGAGAAGUCUUCAAACAACGCAAUUACGAUCAGGUUCGAAUGACAUGUGAAUGAGCAUUCAAAAGCAAUGUUUCCUGGAUUCAGAUUGAGUCGGUUGAGAGCAUCCGGAAGACUGCGUACAGAUUGGUCAGAUUGGUUGUGAACACAACUGACGGCGAAGAGACGCUGGACAUCAAGACUGAUGAGGUAAAACAAAGUGUAACGGUUCAAAUUAAAGACCAGAACCUACUAUCUACUCUCAGCCUUGAGCAGACAUCAUGGACAGUAUUUCAAUUAGCCUCUGAUCUCGACCGUAGAGAAACAAAAGUUUCUUUGUUUCUUGAUACCGCAAACCACGAAAAAGUGGGAGGUUCCCGGGUGUAAACUUGUGACCGCCAAACCAAACCCCAAAACAAUUUGUUCGAUUUUGCAGAAGCUGGAUGACCAUUUUAUACGUUUUCAGGCUGAUGAAAUCUCCCAUUUGAUUGGACAGUACAUGUUUGUCACCUGCGGAAUUGAGGAGCGAGGCUCAACAGAGCUGUAA